AAGGCCGGGCCUGUUCAGCCCGCCUUUGCCCUGGUGGGCGCCCGCCGAGACCUGGCCCGCACCGCACCGGGGAGACAGGUGGCGGCGGGGUGCGGAGCUCGGUAACCCGUCUGGGUCGGAUGAACCCCAGAACUCCUGCUGUCUACAGCCGGCGCCACCCAUUCUCGCCACAGCGUUAUCGACCUAACCGCAGCACCCCUGUGGCUCAGACCCGAGCCCAUCUUCAGCACUCGAGCCCUCAACAAAUGCAAAUAAGGGUCCACCAAAUCCUGCAUGCCGUUGAGUGCCCGCCACUGGGCUCAGUGCUGGGGGGUACAGUGCGGUCCAACGAACGUAGUGCCCACCCCCCGUGGAGCUCGCAGUCUGGCAGGGUGGCUGCUGCAGCAGGUGUGAAUGUGCCUGACAAGAUGAAGAGCCGAAUCCCCGUGGUGCUCCUGGCCUGUGGCUCCUUCAACCCCAUCACCAACAUGCACCUGCGCUUGUUUGAGGUGGCCAGAGACCACCUUCACCAAACAGGCAGGUACCAGGUGAUCGGGGGUAUCAUCUCUCCUGUCAAUGACAACUACGGAAAGAAGGACCUCGUGGCUGCCCGGCACCGGGUGGCCAUGGCCCGGCUGGCCCUGCAGACGUCCGACUGGAUCCAGGUGGACCCCUGGGAGAGUGAGCAGGUGCAGUGGAUGGAGACAGUCAAGGUGCUGAGGCAUCAUCACAGCGAACUGCUCAGAUCUCUGCCCUGGAAGGAAGGCCUGGACCAAGGCAAGGUUGACUCUCCAGCCCCCGCAGCUGUGCCUGAGCUGAAGCUCCUGUGCGGGGCAGAUGUCCUGAAGACCUUCCAGACCCCCAACCUCUGGAAAGACACGCACAUCCAAGAAAUAGUGGAGAAGUUCGGCUUGGUGUGCGUGGACCGGGCAGGGCACGACCCAAAGGGGUACAUCUUGGGCUCGCCCAUCCUGCAGAGGUACCAGGACAACAUCCACCUGGCCAGGGAGCCAGUGCAGAACGAGAUCAGUGCCACAUACAUCAGGCGGGCCCUGGGCCAAGGGCAGAGCGUGAAGUACCUGCUCCCCGAUGCCGUCAUUGCCUACAUCAAGGAGCACGACCUCUACGCCAGCCCCGGAGGGAAUGAAGGGUAGCCGAGCUGGGGAGGGCCACCUCCUCCUCCACUGGUCUCGUCCUGAGGACAGGGCGCUUACAGUCUUUGUUUUCCAGAGUUUUUCCAUGUUUCAUUUGGUUUGUUUCAACAAUGAUUUUGUUUGUGAGGCAUCUUCUGUCCCAGGAAGAGAUACCUUCCUCGGGGAGGAGCAAAUGUUUGCAUCACAAGGAUGGACAUUUAUCACAGAAGUUAAAGUGGUGUGGCAGGUCAUUAGGUUUAGACGGAAGCUCUCAGAACCUCUGGAUGAAGAGGCUUCUUAUUUUGUAACUGGUAGUUAUGGCUGCGCACUGAAGGCAGUUCUGCACGUGGCAGGGGGCCCCUGAGGGUCAGAUCAGAAUUGCCCACAAAACGUGUUUUAACUAGGACCAGGUGCAGCUUGCGGGUCUUGAUUGGAGAGACUUGACAGGAUGCUAAUUACCAAACAGUGGGCUUUGUCAAUGCCUUGUUUCCACAAAGUAAUGCUCAUGGAGGAGUCCAAAAUUUGGAAGCAACACUUUGCUGAUUGACAUUGAGUCUUCCUUUACAAACCGUAGUCUGCCUGCCUACUGGCCAUUGAUAAAAUUUAAACUAAAAUCUUUCUAGGUAGUGAUCCUCAAACUAUAUAUAUAUAUAUAUAAUUUUUUUUUUUUUUUUUUUUUUGCGGUACGCGGGCCUCUCACUGCUGUGGCCUCUCCCGUUGCGGACCACAGUCUCCGGACGCGCAGGCUCAGCGGCCAUGGCUCACGGGCCCAGCCGCUCCGCGGCAUGUGGGAUCCUUCCGGACCGGGGCACGAACCCGUGUCCCCUGCAUCGGCAGGCGGACUCUCAACCACUGCGCCACCAGGGAAGCCCCUCAAACAAUAUUUUUGAUACAAUACAUAUAUAUAUAUUAUUUUUUAAAACACAGCUAUUCUAUAAAUGCCAGGGCUCCUGAUUUCCAGGUUUCUAAAAAGGAACGGAGGUAAAACAGAUGCCUUGACUGUUUUAGAAGAUCGUUUUGAAUGUUUUAUGACUGCCUGCCUGUUUGAAUAUUGGUGAAGGGAUAAAUAAUAAAUUGACAUCAAAAAGCA